AUGAAGGUCAAGAUCAAGAAGUGGAAUGCGGUAGCAACAUGGCGAUGGGACAUACCCGACGACGACGUCUGCGGAAUCUGUCAAGUACACUUCGACGGCACCUGUCCAACUUGUAAAUAUCCAGGAGAUGAUUGCAGUCUGCUCUCCGGCAAAUGCGGACAUAACUUCCAUAUGCAUUGCAUUGUAGAGUGGAUUAAGCAGGAUUCUUCGAAGGGGCAAUGUCCGAUGUGUCGGCAGAAAUUCGAAUGGACGGAUAACCCU